AUGCUGUAUCCAGAAUCAAAAUGUCCCGAAGCUGAUAAAGAAGUUUUACGAAUUAUGAAAUCUCCACUGGCUAAGAAAUUUAAUAAUGACCAUCAAAAACUUUACAGCAGUCUGUCUGAGCAUUCUGGUGAAAAGAUUGAAACUUGGAGAGAUGCAGGGAAUGUGUAUGAUACAUUGAAAAUUGAGAAACUCCACAACUUAACCAUGCCUGACUGGGUAGAACCCCUGUGGGACAAACUGGUCAACAUUAGCAACUGGAGCUUUCACUUGGGAUUUGAUUCAGAGGUUAUACUAAGGCUUAGAACUGGCCUACUGCUAAAAGAUAUGAUUUCUAAUAUACAGAAGAAAAUUAACGGAAAACUCCCGGAACUAAAAGUUUUCAUGUAUUCUUCACACGAUACUCAAGUGUCACUAUUACUUCAUGCUCUUGGUGUCUACAACAUGUUGGCUCCUCCUUACUGUGCCACAAUCAUCCUCGAACUCCACAGAAAUGGACAGCAUAAUCAUUUCAUCAAAGUUUUCUAUCUUAAUGACUCUAGCACUGACCCGUACCCUUUGACUCUUCCUGAGUGUCCACAACCCGAAUGUCCAGUUGGACACUUUAUCCAUCUGACAUCUAACCUUAUACCGCAGGACUGGGAAAAGGAAUGUGGUUUGGCUGUUGAAGAAGUUGUGUCUAAAAAUGCUAUUGCUGUAAUUGGACUUGGACUUGCAGUGUCUGUGCUACUGAUUGAUCUGUGGAGUCCUGAUUUGGCAGCAGUGCAGACAGAGGGACACUAACAACCACUACCAGUUAGUGCCUACAAUCUGAAUUAUUUUGUAAUAUGGGAAAGCCAUAUUGACAAAAAAUAUCUCAGUGAUAAUGUUGACUAAAAGAUUACAAAGCUAAGCCUAAAAAAGAAUGUUGUAGAAUUUUUUUUAAUGGUAACAUUGAAGUUAAAUAACAUGGUUCAAUAUACAGUGAAUUUCUAUCUAUGCUAUAAGAAACUUUUCAAUGCUUUAUAAUUAUAGCCAAGGUUCGUAGGUUUAUUAGCAUUACAUAACAGUAAUUUUAGUAAUGUUGUGAGGUGAUCAGAUAUCAAUCAUUGUCACGGUUAAUACUUUUACAUUCAUCUCAGACCAAUCAUUAAUUACCCUCAAGUGGCACAGUGCAAAUUUACAACACUAAAAACCAGUUUUCAGUACCCAUGAUGGGUACAGCACAGAUAGCCAAUUGUAUAACUUUGUUCUUAACUACAGUUAUCUAAUUAUUAACUAGUUUUUAUCCCACAUUUUGGUUGCUAUUCUACAGCCAUCUUCAGGGAAGUCCUGAGAAGGAAUAUUUCUGUGUUGGUAGUGGCAGGGAUUCAAUCCUGGGGCUUCUUGGUGGAAGUUUAGUGAGUUAUUCGCUGACUUAUUUGAAUGUUUUUCAAGAAAGGUAUCUAGGCUUAGCUAGCUUCUUUGGUAGGGAGACUGAGGGGAUGUAGAAAGCUUUUAAUAUAUGAAUCGUAUCCUAUUAUUUUGGUUUUAUUCUAAUUUAUCUUAGUCUUAUUUGGCAUGAUGGACUACUACAGGUAGAUUAGUACUACCAGGUCUUGUAUUUCUGUUACGUUCCUGACUUCUAACUAGACCAGAAACAAAUACUGAAUUUUGCUAUUUCAAUAUUUGUUGUGCAUAUUUGAACAUCCUACAAUAAAAUAUCAUGUUCUUUUUAUUGAAAGUUUGAAGCAAUUAAUUACAAUAUCGGUCAUAAUAAAACUUACAGGCUCUUUACAAGUGUGUUCAAAAAUACUAAAUAAUAUUCAGUAUUGGCUUAUUCCAGAAGAAGCUAAGAAGAAAGAAUAAAACAAAUUACCACUACAAUCUAACACUGGAUACAGGAACACUUGAUAAAGAAUAAAACAAAUUAUCACUACAAUCUAACACUGGAUAAUAGAACACUUGAUAAAGAAUAAAACAAAUUAUCACUACAAUCUAACACUGGAUAAUAGAACACUUGAUAAAGAAUAAAACAAAUUAUCACCACAAUCUAACACUGAAUAAUAGAACACUUGAUAAAGAAUAAAACAAAUUAUCACUACAAUCUAACACUGGAUACUGGAACACUUGAUAAAGAAUAAAACAAAUUAUCACUACAAUCUAACACUGGAUA